AUGACGACCGCGGCUCAGAUCACGGGGUGGGAGCUGGUGCCGGCAUUCAACGCCAUGGCGCUCAUGAAGGCCGUCAGCAUGCAGCCCGUCGUCGCCUUCAUCAGCGCCUCCGCCGCCGACUUCACCGCGUACGCAAGCCGCGACACGGUCAACAUCUACAACGGCGUGUGCUCGACGGAGGUGAACCACGCGGUGGUGGUGGUGGGCUUUAACUACACGGGGCCGGACCUCAAAGGCAGCUACUGGAUCAUAAAAAACUCGUGGUAUCCCACGUGGGGCGACAAAGGCUUCAUGUACCUUGCCAUGACGCCCGACGUGCGCGGGAAAUGCGGCAUCCUAUCAACCCCCGCCAUGUACCCCGUCUACUUCCCAUCCGGACAGCAGCCGGCACGCUUUGCGUCCGACAAGCGCGGCAAGUGGAAAAUCACCAAGGUGGACGACCUCUCGUCAUCGCUCUUCUCUACCACUCUCUCCCUUUCAACCAUCACCAACGGCACCUUUAUCAACAAUAUUAUUGCCACCGCGCUGGGUGCAACGUGCGCGGGGAUGAUCAACCCGUGCGGCGGGGGCAGUUGUUACAUCAGCGGCGGAGUUCCGCGGUGCAACUGCGGCGCGAUGUCGAAUAUGGUCGAGGUGUUGGGAUUGCCUACUUCCAAGUGCGUGCCGCGAAGUCCCUGCACGACGGCUUCUGUGAAUCCCUGCGGCGGCGGAACAUGCUCGGAUGUGGGCGACGGGACGUACACGUGCGCGUGCUCUGCGGGUUACGCCGUCGGCGUUGCUGUCGACGGUUCGCCGACGUGCGUUCCUGCUGCCGGCCUCGCGAAGUCUUAUGUUACCAACCCUGGCGACAACUGCACGUUUGUCGCGGCAGCUUUCGGAAUUUCGACGACCACGCUGACAAACCUGAAUGCUUUCAUUAACUGCUCCGAUACAGAAUACCUCCCUCCCGGAAUAGCUCUUACUGUAUCGGCAGCAGUGACUUCCUUAUCCUCAUAUUGCACCAACACAUACACUGUCCGACCUUCUGACACUUGCACUUCUGUAGCAAACACUUUCUUCAACGGGUCUCUCAGUUCCUUUAUGGAAAGCAACCCUGGCUUGUCGUGCAAGCACUUGUUCAAAUCACAGCAAGUAUGCCUUCAGAUGGUUACCGCAUCGACAACAUCGUCGGCUCCACAGUGUGGGCACAGCGUUGCUGUGGUCAUCGGAGACACUUGUGCUUCGGUUGCUGUUAAAUAUUCAAUUGACAGCGCAACAUUUGCCUCACUUAAUCCCGGUGUCGACUGUAACAGCAAUCUUUCAGUUGGCUCAUAUGUCUGUGUGGCGCCAACAUCACCUACGACCACCAUCAACUGCACGGGGUGGUACCGGGUGAUGCAGGGCGACACAUGCCCCUCCAUCUGGAAUGGAGCCAACCUCACCAUGUCCAUGUUCCUCUCAAUCAACCCGGGCGUUCAGCCCUCUCCCCCCUGCCUGCCCGGGUACCGCCUGGGUCCUUGCUUGCACCACUCUCUACUCUACCUCUCCAGCCCUCUGCACCUCUCUCUGCCUUGCGAUUCCCUCUCUUCCAUUUGCACCGCCAGCCUCCUUACCUCUUUCUCCCUUGCCAUUUCUCCUCCCCGCAGUGCCAGGCGCCCUAUCUGGUGGUGGGCCAGCAGGUCUGCAUUGACUCACCCCUCCUAA